AUGACGCAAACAAACGACACAAAAGAUGAAACAGCCACGUUCGCCGCCGGUUGCUUUUGGGGAAUUGAACAUCUGUACCGAAAGCAUUUCGGAAAUGAAAAUGGAUUGAAAGAUGCACGAGUUGGAUACACCGGCGGUGAGACAGUGGACCCAACAUACGAAGGAGUCUGUACUGGCACCACUGGACAUGCCGAGGCCUUGAAAGUGAUUUUUGAUCCGGCCAUUGUCUCAUACCGAUCGCUUGUAGAAUUCUUCUAUCGAAUCCACGAUGCUACCUCGCUCAACAAACAGGGUCGCAAUGAAGGAACAAAUUACCGCUCUGCCAUAUUCUACCACAACGAUACGCAACGAGAGAUAGCACAAGAAGUGAUGGACAAGGUUAACAAGCAAUGGUUCAAGGAUACUGUUCAUACCUUGAUUGUAGAGGCUGGGCCUUGGUGGGAUGCGGAAGAGUAUCAUCAGCUCUAUUUGGAGAAAGUUCCGGAUGGGUAUCACUGUGAGGCUCAUUUCCUCCGAUCCUUCCCGGAGCUCAAGUGA